GUUUGAAUCCCUGAAUUCAUGAAGAUUCCCACAACAUUGCUCCACAUUAACGGAGCUGGUUCAAAAAUAUGAAAUUAGCCUGAAUCUGCUGCUCCGACGCAAAUGUACCUUCUAUCUAUCUUUAAUGUAACAUGGCUGAAAGAGACUCUAAUCGUCCCUAAGCCUCAAAGGACGAGUGGUAUAGAUAUGUGAUGGAUUACUAGAGAAGAGUUUUGAACUUUGCAGUUUCCUAUAAGUUUUCUUGAAAGUGUCGAGUGGUCAUCAAGACUAGAAAAGCGCUACAUAAAUACAAAACCAUUUACCAUUCAGUUAGAAGAACUACUCCUUAAGGUGCAAUGAACUUGUAUAGUCGUCUGAAUUUUUGUGACAAUGAACAUAAUGCAAAACAUCUGAAACUUGAAUCAAUGAAACACCUGGACACCUGUCCACUGAUUCAUCAGAAGCCAGGAUGAGUCUGAAGGUUCAGAGCAGAUGAUCAAACCACACCGAAGAAAUAGGAAGUGUUAGGAUGUGAAGAGCUGAGAAAGAAGGGAUGGAGGAUGAAGAAUGAAAGGGACUCCCCACUGUCUAAACCGCUCCACCAGCUGCUCCCUAUAUUUAACACCACUAUAUUUAACUCCACCUCUCUGGAGAAGAUGCAUUACUCCUUCACUGAAGCAUCUAGUGGACAUGUGAGGAAUUACUUGUUAUCGCCACUCAGCAGCAUGCCGCCACCUUGUGGCUGAGAGAGGGCGGACACCAGGAAGUUGUUCGGGAACACGAUUGGUCCAAAACUGACAUAGCCCUCCUUUAGCCCCGCCCCCGUGCAGAACGUGCGACUGUGAUUGGUGGAAUCCAAAGUUUAUCACGGUUACUAUGGACUUUGGCUUCGCUGGUAUCCAGGUAGCUUCGUGUUAGCUUCCUGUUAGCCUCCUGUUAGCUUCCUGUUAGCCUCCUGUUAGCUUCCUGUUAGCCUCCUGUUAGCUUCCUGUUAGCCUCCUGUUAGCUUCCUGUUAGCCUCCUGUUAGCCUCCUGUUAGCUCCCUGUUAGCCUCCUGUUAGCUCCCUGUUAGCUCCCUGUUAGCUCGUCAGUGUGUCGCUGCACCGGAGGAAGUCUCGGAGAAAUGGCGCAGAGAAAGACUUCGAGAAGUCACAGCAGAAAAGAGGCGAAGGUUCCACCAGUGGAGAGCAAGAAUGGAAAGAAGACGGAGGGAGGGGGAGAUGCAGGAGGAGGAGGAGGUCCUAAAUACUCCAUGUUCACCUGGUUUGUGGUCCUGGCUCUGCUCGGAGUGUGGAGCUCUGUGGCCGUGGUCUACUUCGACAUCGUGGACUACGACAGUGUCAUCGCCAGGGCGAAGGACUUUCAUAUGAACUUUUCUCAAGUUUUACAAGGUAAACUCACGGCUUACGACACAGACGGAGACGGAGACUUUGACGUGGAAGAUGCUAAAGUUCUGCUCGAUGAGAGGAAAGUGAAAGUUCCAGUUCUCAGGAGAGACGGACUGAGAAAAGAGGACAAGAAAGAGGUGAAGAAGAAGAAAGAAGAAAAGAAGUUGGACGCUGCCACUCAAAAGAUCAAACUCUCAAAAGAAGAUGUGACGACUGAUGGAAAGAACAGCACGCGAGACCCUCUUGUCCGAGGGCACAUGCUGCGCUCGGCUCUGAAGGAUGAGCUGAGGAUGAUCCACGAGAAGAUGGAGGUCAAGAGAAUCGCUCGCAUCGCUCUCGCUGAGAUCAGGGCGCUCCUCGCCAAAGAGGAGGAGGAGAAGGAGGCGAGCUGGACGCUGAAGAUGAAGACUCUGGAAGCUGCUCAGGAACAACUGAGAGAGGAGAGGAGGAGAGAGGCAGAGAGAGUAGAGAAAGAGGAAAAGGAGAGGAUAGAGAAGGCAGAGAAGGAAAGGAUGGAAAAGGAGAAGGUGGAGAAGGAAAGGAUAGAAAAGGAGAAGGCAGAGAAGGAAAGGAUGGAAAAGGAGAAGGUGGAGAAGGAAAGGAUAGAAAAUGAGAAGGCAGAGAAGGAAAGGAUGGAAAAGGAGAAGGUGGAGAAGGAAAAGAUGGAAAGGGAGAAGGAAAGGAUGGAAAAGGAGAAGGUGGAGAAGGAAAAGAUGGAAAGGGAGAAGGAAAGGAUGGAAAAGGAGAAGGUGGAGAAGGAAAGGAUUGAAAAGGAGAAGGCAGAGAAGGAAAGGAUAGAAAAGGAGAAGGAAAGGAUAAGAAAGGAGAAGGAAAGGAUGGAAAAGGAGAAGUUGGAGAAGGAAAGGAUGGAAAAGGAGAAGGUGGAGAAGGAAAGGAUGGAAAAGGAGAAGGCGGAGAAGGAAAGGAUGGAAAAGGAGAAGGCAGAGAAGGAAAGGAUAGAAAAGGAGAAGAUGGAGAAGGUUGAGAAGGAAAGGAUGGAAAAGGAGAAGGAAAGGAUGGAGAAGGAGAAGGUGGAGAAGGAAAGGAUGGAAAAGGAGAAGGCAGAGAAGGAAAGGAUGGAAAAGGAGAAGGCAGAGAAGGAAAGGAUAGGAAAGGAAAAGGAAAAGAUGGAGAAAGUGAAAGCAGAGAAGGAAAGGAUAGAAAAGGAGAAGGUUGAGAAGGAAAGGAUGGAAAAGGAGAAGGCAGAGAAGGAAAGGAUGGAAAAGGAGAAGGCAGAGAAGGAAAGGAUAGGAAAGGAAAAGGAAAAGAUGGAGAGAGUGAAAGCAGAGAAGCAGAGGAUGGAAAGAGAAGCAAAAGAAAGGGCUGAAAGGGAGAGGCUGGCACAUGAAAGGGCAGAAAAAGAGAGACAAGAGAUGGAGAAAAGAGAAAAGGCAGCUAGAGAAGAGAAAGAACGACUGGAGCGACAGAAGAUUGAGAGGGAAAGGAUUGAGAGAGAGCGACUGGUCAGGGAACGAGAGAGGGAAGCCAAGGAGAGGGAACGACUGGAAAGAGAGAGAUUGGUAAGGGAGAGGAUGGAGAGAGAGAAGGCAGAUAAGGAGAGGCUGGAGAAAGAACAAAUUGCUAAAGAGAAAAUGGAAAAAGAGAGACUGGAACGAGAACGCAUCGCUAAGGAAAGAGAGAGAAUCGCCAAGGAGCGAGAGAGGGCAGAAAAGGAAAGACUAGCCAGAGAGAAGGAAAAGAUGGUGAGAGCGGCGAGAGAGAAGGAAGAGAGGGAACAGAUGGAGGGAGAGCGCAUUGCCAGGGAAAGAGCAAGAGUCGCUCAGGAGAAGGAGAGAUCAGAGAGAGAAAGAUUAGAGAAGGUAAGAGCGCAGAAAGAGAGAGCAGCUGAAGAAGAGAGGGAGAGAGCGGAGAAAGAGCGACUGGAGAAGGAAAGGAUCGAACGAGAAAGACAAAAGAAGGAAAGACUGGAGAAAGAGAAGUCUGCGAGGGAACAGGUGGAGCGACAGAAGGCUGAAAAGGAGAGAGUGGUUCGAGAGAAGGAACUGAUGGAGAGGCAGAAGCUCUCCAGAGAACGAGCUGUGCGGGAGAAGAUGGAGGUGGAGAAGGUGAACAAGGCCAACGGGAGGAACACUUCACCUCCCAGAGCUCCUCCAGCCGAGGAGAAACCAGCGCUCCGCCUGGAGGAGAAGAUGGAGGUGGAGAAGGUGAACAAGGCCAACGGGAGGAACACUUCACCUCCCAGAGCUCCUCCAGCCGAGGAGAAACCAGCGCUCCGCCCGGAGGAGAAGAUGGAGGUGGAGAAGGUGAACAAGGCCAACGGGAGGAAACCGAACACUUCACCUCCCAGAGCUCCUCCAGCCGAGGAGAAACCAGCGCUCCGCCCGGAGGAGAAGACGAGCAGGAGGGGGAAGUGAAGGCCUGUGAUUGGCUGGAGGCUGCGUCACAGUGAAAGCUAUUAAUAGUUAUUUAUUUCUAAUUAAAAAGGAUUUUUAAAGUCG